AUGACCCCAGCCCCACAUGCACCUUGCCGCGCCGAGCCACCUUCUCCCCAGGACGACCAUGGUCGACUCGAGGCAGCCAACUUGACGCUUCUUCAAUCGCAUCUCCGCGACAUCCCGGUUCCCAACGCUGGCCGCAAGAACCGCAACGAGCCCACCACGCAGUCCCCCGCAAACACCGCCAAGCUGUUUGCCUCAGCCCUACGGCGGACGUUACGCUCCAGCGCCGGGCUAUCACUCGCAGCCGCGGCGGCGCUCCCAAAGCUCAAGCCCGACCCUCCCGCGAGCAAGAUGCACACCAAGGUCGUCAUCAUCGGCUCCGGGCCUGCGGCUCACACCGCCGCCGUCUACCUGGCCAGAGCGGAGCUGAAGCCCGUCCUGUACGAGGGCUUCCUGGCGAAUGGCAUCGCCGCAGGCGGCCAGCUUACCACCACGACCGAGGUGGAAAACUUUCCCGGCUUCCCUAGGGGCAUCAUGGGCCAGGAGCUGAUGGACAACAUGAAGGCGCAGUCGGAGCGCUUCGGCACGCACGUCGUCACCGACACCGUCACCAAGCUGGACCUGUCGCGCCGCCCCUUCCGCUACAGCACCGAGUUCGCGCCGGACGAGACGCACACCGCCGACGCCGUCGUCAUCGCCACCGGCGCGUCGGCGCGCCGCAUGCACCUCCCCGGCGAGGACAAGUACUGGCAGAGCGGCAUCUCGGCCUGCGCCGUGUGCGACGGCGCCCUGCCGCUCUUCCGCAACAAGCCGCUCUACGUGGUGGGCGGGGGCGACUCGGCCGCCGAGGAGGCCACCUUCCUGACCAAGUACGCCAGCCGCGUCACCGUCCUCGUGCGACGCGACGUCCUGCGCGCCAGCAAGACCAUGGCCGCCCGGCUGCUGGCCAACGACAAGGUCACGGUGCGCUUCAACGCCGUGGCCACCGAGGUGCGCGGCGGGCAGGACGGCCUGCUGAGCCACAUUGUCGUGCGGGACACCCGCUCGGGCGACGAGGAAGUCGUCGAGGCCAGCGGGCUGUUCUACGCCAUCGGACACGACCCGGCCACGGCGCUCGUCAAGGGCCAGCUCGACAUGGACGAGGACGGGUACAUUGUCACCAAGCCCGGCACGACGCUGACCAGCGUCGACGGCGUCUUUGCUGCCGGCGAUGUGCAGGACAAGCGGUACAGGCAGGCCAUUACCAGUGCCGGAACCGGGUGCAUGGCGGCUCUGGAGGCCGAAAAGUUCAUCAGCGAGCAGGACUAG